ACUGCUUUCCGUUGAUUGCACUUAAUGACCGAGGCACCGCUUUUCUAACUGAGCAAUAAGACACCUAGAACCUGAAGUAGAGGCAUAUAUCACAUGAGCUUCCCCCCGGCCUGGUUUGCAAGCAUCCCAAGGAUUGAGACAUAGAUCAUAUCCCGACGUGCAACAUGCUAGACACGAUGAAUCCAAAACACAAAAUGGACUCCCGAUUAGAAUCGGUCAUAUUACGGCAAAAGAGUAAAGCAAUGUCCAGAGCUCCAACUGCGGACGACUUUGCUGCGCGUCUGAAGAGCUUCGACUCGAGCGAUGGGGGCUGAGCGUCUGGGGAAAGCGGUCAAGAAGAACCGAACGGUCGCCAGACUUGCGUUACAUCGGGAGAUUUGGUUCAGGGAACAGGAGCGCUUGAGCCAUUUGAGCACAGUAUCAGAAAAGUCAGCGCACGAGAGUCUAUGCACGUUCGUGGCCCAAUGCAAUCCAUUGAAUGAAGACGAAAAGAACACGUUGGACAAGGUUGCGGACAUUCUUGACGAGGUGGAGGGGGCGGAGGCGGAGCGGGAGGAAUUCAUGACCGAGGUCUCGGAUCGGGUUUCGAGCGUACGACACUACAUGCAUCGCGUAAGGAGUAGCACGGGGCGGAAAGAGUCGGUGGAGAGUAUGCGGCAAGAUUGCUUGGAAUCGCUUGCGGAGACGAAAGCGUACUUGCGGCCGAUAUAUGAGGAGCUGGCGGAGCAGGCGAGCAGCAUAUCGCAGUCAAUGGUUCACUUCCGUAGAAUGCAGAAUGAGAUGGACCAACCUGAGGGAGACGAUCCGUGGAUAGUGCACGAGGGCAAGGUGAUGAAGUUCACCGACUUGCCUUGCGUGGAUGAAAACAUCAAGGCGUCAUGCGUAGAGCAGCACAACAGGCUCAUAACCGCAUACAAAGACCGUGUGAGCGCCCUCUCCACGGCACAUCCCCCGCUUUCCGAUUGCACCCUCAGCGACGAAACACGUUUCAAGCUGAGGAAGGUCUACGACGAGUACGAGUCUGCCGAGCAGCACAAAUGGACGUCUUGUCUGGAUCGGGUGCAUCUUGAAAUGCCCCGAUUGCCAAAAUCUGAUAUUUCUAGGUAUCUCCGCUGGUACACCACCCACACCACCCACACCACCCAAUUCAGCAUCCUGCAACAGUUGCACGCCCGCGAGAUGGCCGACUUCAUCGCCCGAACCAUCUCCAGGUUCGCCGCCGCGGAGGUGGACCACUGGCGAGAACUCCGCGCAAAGCAGGAAGCGAGUUGUCGCGAGGAACAGCGAGCGGAGAUGCACGAGAAGUUGGGGUUGUGGAAGGAGGGUGUUGAGGAGGAACGGUGUAGGAAGGAGGCGGAGGAGGAGAGGAGUCGGGUUGUUGAGGAAGAGGAGCGGAGAGCACAUGAGGAGAAGAUGCAGGCCCAGCGCGAGAUGCAUCAGAAGAUGAUCAAAGAAUACCAGGUCGCCAAACAAGCGCAGGUUAUGGACCAGAUGCUCACCGGCAUCGAAAUGCGGAAAGCCUACGAAGAGGAGUCCAUUGAACGCAUGAAGUACAACCGCACCCGCAUCCACCACCGCACGACCCUCCUCGACCAAAAAAAACUCGACCACGAAGCCGAUAUCGCCCGCCAACACGAAGCCAAAGCCGCUCUUGAGCGCCGGUUGGAGAGAUUGCGGGCGACGGUGGCUGUGAGUGCGUCGAGGGAUUGGGAGAGGACUUGUGGAGAUACGGAGGCGUUUAGGAGGUUUAGGGAUGCUGAGAAGGAUACACCGUUUUAUAGGGUCGAUGGAUAUACGGUCGACAAGAUGCUGGCCGAUAAGAGGCUUAAACUGAGCGUAGCGCUCGCUGAUUCGGGCUUGCUUCACAACUCCUACGCACGGGAACUGUUGACGUCCAUGACAGGUAGCCAUGCUCCGAGACGUGAUCAUCUGUCUGCCAUUCGACUUGGAUGAUGUGGGAUGUGUGAUUCAUGGUGUACAAAGUUUGUGAGAUCGGAAGAUGUGCCGUUUCAGCGGGUGGCAAUGGACAUAAUGCACGUAUGGGAACAAGUAGAAUACGAUG